AUGGCGACCACCUCGAACAUGUUUAUGUAUUCUCUCACCAUCCAACCUCCUACCGCUAUCACCCAGGCCAUCUUGGGCCAGUUUGCUGGCACAAAGGAGCAACAGAUCGUGACGGCGUCGGGUUCCAAGCUCACCAUCCACCGCCCCGAUCCGACACAGGGGAAGAUCACUACCCUCUACUCUCAGGAUGUCUUUGGGAUUAUCCGCACCUUGGCCGCAUUCCGGCUGGCCGGAAGUAGCAAAGAUUAUAUCAUCAUCGGGUCGGAUUCUGGCCGCAUCACCAUCAUCGAGUAUGUGCCCUCACAGAACCGGUUUAACCGGAUCCAUUUGGAGACCUUUGGCAAGUCGGGUAUCCGACGUGUCAUCCCGGGACAGUAUCUCGCGGUCGACCCCAAAGGCAGAGCUUGUCUGAUUGCUUCGGUGGAGAAGAAUAAGCUCGUGUAUGUUCUGAAUCGGAACGCACAGGCCGAGUUGACCAUUUCCUCUCCACUCGAAGCUCACAAGCCGCAGACUCUCGUGUUCGCAUUGACAGCCUUAGAUGUCGGCUACGAGAAUCCGAUCUUCGCGGCUCUGGAAGUCGACUACACCGAGUGCGACCAGGACCCUACAGGCGCAGCGUACGAAGAGGUCGAGAAGACCUUGGUGUACUACGAGCUCGAUCUGGGUCUGAACCACGUCGUCCGCAAAUGGUCUGAUCCUGUGGAUCGCACCGCCACCAUGCUCUUCCAGGUUCCUGGAGGAGCUGAUGGCCCUAGCGGUGUCCUAGUCUGUGCGGAAGAUAACAUUACCUACCGGCACUCCAACCAGGAUGCUUUCAGAGUUCCCAUCCCUCGUCGCAGUGGCCCGACGGAAAAUCCAGAGCGGAAACGCUGCAUUACCGCCGGAGUCAUGCACAAAAUGAGGGGGGCAUUCUUCUUCCUGCUUCAGACUGAGGAUGGUGAUUUGUUCAAGGUCGCCAUCGACAUGGUAGAAGAUGACAACGGACAAUUAACGGGCGAGGUCCGACGAUUGAAGAUCAAGUACUUCGAUACAGUUCCUAUCGCAACCAGCCUGCUAAUCCUGAAGAGUGGUUUCCUUUUUGUUGCUAGCGAGACCGGCAACCAUCACUUUUACCAGUUCGAGAAACUGGGUGACGAUGACGAGGAGACUGAGUUCACCAGCGAGUCGUUCUCGGCAGACCCCAGUGACCCUCUGGAGCCUGUCUAUUUCCGACCUCGAGGAGCAGAGAAUGUGAACCUGGUGGAGAGCAUCAAUUCUAUGAAUCCUCUCAUGGAUUCUAAGGUCGCAAAUCUCACCGACGACGAUGCCCCUCAGAUCUACACUAUCUGCGGUUCUGGCGCUCGCAGCAGCUUCAGAACGCUCAAGCAUGGCUUGGAAGUCACCGAGAUUGUCGAGUCUGAACUGCCAAGUAUUCCGUCGGCUGUGUGGACAACAAAAAUCACACGUGCUGAUGAGUACGACGCGUACAUCAUUCUUUCUUUCGCAAACGGUACCCUCGUGCUCAGUAUCGGUGAGACUGUUGAAGAAGUCACAGACACGGGCUUCCUUUCGUCAGCUCCCACUCUUGCUGUUCAGCAGCUGGGAGAAGACUCCCUCAUUCAAGUGCAUCCUAAGGGUAUUAGACACAUUCUGGCAGACCGCCGUGUGAAUGAGUGGCCCGCUCCUCAACAUAGGACAAUCGUAGCAGCUGCGACUAACGAACGUCAAGUUGCCGUGGCAUUGAGUUCUGGAGAAAUUGUCUAUUUCGAAAUGGAUGCAGACGGCUCGCUUGCUGAAUACGAUGAGAAGCGAGAAAUGUCUGGUACCGUGACUUGCUUGAGCCUUGGAGAGGUACCAGAAGGCCGUGUGCGGAGCUCAUUCUUGGCCGUUGGGUGUGACGACUCCACGGUCCGUAUUCUCAGCCUUGAUCCCGAUUCGACUCUGGAAAACAAGUCUGUACAGGCUCUCACCUCCGCUCCGUCCGCUCUUAAUAUCAUGUCCAUGUCUGACUCCACCUCUGGCGGAUCGACGCUUUACCUGCACAUUGGUCUUUAUUCUGGUGUCUACCUGCGAACUGUGCUUGACGAGGUGACCGGUGAGCUUUCUGAUACAAGGACGCGGUUCUUGGGUGUGAAACCUGUCAAACUCUUCCGUGUUUCUGUCAAGGGCCAAACUGCUGUUCUAGCGCUCAGUUCACGCCCUUGGCUAGGAUACUCUGACGUCCAGACAAAGGGCUUCAUGCUGACUCCCCUCGACUACGUCCCACUGGAAUGGGGAUGGAACUUUUCCAGCGAGCAGUGCGAGGAAGGCAUGGUCGGCAUCCAAGAGAAACACCUACGGAUAUUCUCCAUCGAGAAGCUAGAAAACAACUUACUCCAGGAGUCUAUCCCUCUGGCUUAUACUCCGCGUCAUUUUGUCAGGCACCCGGAACAGCCGCUGUUCUACGUUAUCGAGGCGGACAACAACAUUCUGUCUCCUGUCACUAGGCAAAAGCUGCUUGAGGAUUCCAACAUGCAGAACGGCGAUGCCGCCAUCCCUCCACCCGAGGACUUCGGAUACCCACGUGGUACCGGACAUUGGGCAUCUUGUAUUCAGGUUGUAGACCCGGUCAAUGCUAAAGCGGUUCUGUCGAGCAUCGAACUCGAAGAGAAUGAAGCGGCUGUCAGCAUAGCUGCAGUCUCAUUUGCCAGUCAAGAUGACGAGACUUUCCUAGUUGUUGGAACGGGAAAGGAUGUUGUCGUCAGCCCACGUUCACACUCUGGUGGAUUUAUCCAUAUUUAUCGGUUCCAAGAAGAUGGCCAAGAGCUGGAAUUUAUACACAAGACUAAGGUUGAAGAGCCUCCUCUGGCUCUUCUGGGAUUCCAGGGCCGUCUCCUCGCAGGUAUCGGCUCGAAUCUGCGUAUAUAUGACCUGGGAAUGAAACAGAUGCUCCGGAAGUGCCAGGCGCAGGUGUCUCCACGGCUAAUUGUCGGCCUCCAAACCCAAGGCAGCCGGAUAGUCGUUAGCGAUGUGCAGGAAAGCGUGACAUAUGUGGUAUACAAAUACCAGGAGAACCGCUUGAUACCGUUUGUCGAUGAUUCCAUUUCUCGGUGGACCACCUGCACUACAAUGGUUGACUAUGAGACUGUUGCUGGCGGAGAUAAGUUUGGUAAUAUCUGGUUCCUUCGCUGCCCCGCCAAGGUGUCUGAGGAGUCUGAUGAGGAUGGUUCUGGCGCUCACCUAAUCCACGAGCGUCCCUAUCUUCAGGGUACCCCCAACCGGCUGGAACUAAUGGUCCACUUUUACACCCAAGAUAUCCCCACAAGUAUCCAGAAGACCCAGCUUGUUGCUGGUGGGAGAGAUGUCUUGGUAUGGACUGGUCUCCAGGGCACGCUGGGUAUGUUCGUGCCGUUCGUUAGCCGAGAAGAUGUCGACUUCUUCCAGAGUUUGGAGAUGCAGCUCGCGGCACAGAACCCUCCUCUGGCUGGACGAGAUCAUCUAAUCUACCGAAGCUACUAUGUUCCUGUCAAAGGCGUCAUUGAUGGCGAUCUUUGUGAGACUUAUUUCCUACUGCCUAAUGAUAAGAAGUUGAUGAUCGCUGGUGAGUUGGAUCGCUCGGUUCGGGAGAUCGAGCGGAAGAUAUCGGUGAGUGCCAUUUCCUGCCUCAUGUUGUUGCUGCGGCUAGCUAACAAGCUGUAUAGGAUAUGCGGACGAGGGUGGCGUAUUAAACAGGGUCGUGACAAGUUACUCUGGCGUCUAUGGCGGCGUUUUCUGUAUUCCGAACAGCGGCUGAUGUCUUGGUUCGGUGUGAACUACCGAUGUAUUUCUUCCAUAAUGACGGUCUAG